AUGGUGGGUGAAUCGUUGCGCAGUGAGGUGCAACACUGCUACAAGCUGCGAUCACGUGUUCCCCCGCCACCUAACGCCUUCAUGCAGUGCACGCCGGAGAAAAAGCGUUCGGUGGCCGCCACGAACGUGAACGAAGACAACGGGCGCCUCUGCAGCCGCCUGGCAAAGCUGUGGCGUCCUCUCCGCGCCGCCGACAAGGAGCCCUUCCAGCGCAAGGUGGCCGAAGCUGCCGCCGUCCGCCGAAGGAAGUACUCGGACUACGCGCACAUCCCGCGUGAAGCCAGCCGGCCUAUGGAGCAGGAGCGCUUUGCCAAGCAGGUUACCAGCAAGCUGAAGAACGGCAGUUCCUGGGACAAGGAGCAGCAGCCGAGAACUUCCACGGUCGCGGCCCACGGUCGAGGCAGCCCGGAGUUCCAGCAGCAGCCGCAUCCGCCGCCAUUGCCGCCGACGCCAAAGAGCAAACACCGUGGUACCAUCAGUAUUGCUCCAGUCGGCGCUUCGGGCGCAGGUCAGAAAACUGUGGCUCGUAUGCCGACGGCCACUGUCCCGGCUACGACCAAGGAUCUCGAAGGACAAGUGGUGCCUAUAAAAGUGGCUGCCUUAAGAGCCUUGGCUGAAUUGUUCAAGAGGCAGCCGCAACACUUCCACAAUUAUGCUGAGCUGACCUUGAUCAAGAUCUUUGGAACAUUCAUGCAGCCUGUGAGAGAGGUGACCUGUGCUGCCGAGCUGUGUUCUGUGGAGGCUGCUGCUGGGCUACCCCCCAAACAGACAAUGCGGCUACUCCACUCGCUCAUCGGGGAGUCGGAUGACCAUCGCUGUAAUCAAGGUCAUGUCCCGGCACGUGGAAGUGCAUCCAAAAAAGGAUAA